AAAUUAAAAUAAAUAGCUUUCGUGGAUGCUAAAUGUCUUUUUAUUGAAAUGUGGAGUAUGCGCUCUUUGUGUCGUGUGUUUUCAUUUAUAAGUCAAGAAGAAACCAAUGAGUGUUAGUGGUAGGGUUAAAGUGUUGGGCGUGCAAUGCACUUUGCCCUUCAGUUUCCUUCAGAAAUGAAAGUAAGUCUGAAGGGAACAAGAAGCGACAGACACAAUGAAAGCGACGUAUUUUGUUAUAGUUUUAUUGUUUUCAGACAUAACAUUAACGUCAUGUUUUAUCAUUGAAUCCCUUGUAUGUGGUUCUGCUGCUGCUGUUGCUGUUGUUGGAGUUUGGUAUGCAUGGUCUCAGUGGGAUAAUGUAUUGCAUUUUGAUCAUAAACGUUUGGAGAAGGAUUUAAAUGAGAAUCUCUACGGCCAACACAUCGUGUGGAAAGUUGUACAGAAAGCUGUAUCGUCAUUUAUGACCGACAGUAACCCGAACAAACCGCUCGUGCUCUCGUUCCACGGGACAACAGGAGUGGGAAAAAACUACGUGUCUAAAAUCAUCGCAAGAAACAUUUACAAACUAGGGGACAAGAGCGAACAUUUUAUCACGUUUAUAUCUGAACAUCAUUUUCCACACAAAGACAAAGUCGACAUGUACAGUGCACAACUAAAGGAGAAGAUUCAUCAGCACGUAUUACGUUUUCCUCGGACCAUGUUUGUAUUUGAUGAAAUGGACAAGAUGAAUCCACAGCUGGUCGAGACCGUCAAACCUUUUCUGGACUAUGCGACACAUGUAGAUGGCGUGUCAUUCCGCCAUGCAAUCUUCAUUUUUCUCAGCAAUGCAGGUGGCGAUGUGAUCAACAAAAUAGCUCUGGAUUUCUGGAAGGCAGGUAAAAACAGAGAAGAACUGCAGAUGAACAGUAAGGAGAUGGAGACUCAGAUCCUUCGAAACAUCUUCAAUGAUAAGAGCAGUGGAUUUUGGCACUCCUCUCUAAUAGAUCGCCACCUGGUGGAUCACUUUGUUCCUUUCCUGCCUCUGGAACUGAAGCAUGUACGCCAGUGUGUUUUGACUGAAAUGGCCAGUCUGAACAUCUCUGUACAUCAUUACCCUGAUCUGGCAGACACGGUGGCCAGAGAAAUGCCCUUCUUCCCCUCAGAUGAGAAAAUCUUCUCUGUUAAAGGCUGCAAGUCAGUCAGACAGAAGCUAAUGCUGUACGUUGAUGACUAAGAGACUUUUCACUUUUGUUUACAUACUGUACACGUGCCAGCACUUGACGACUCCUCCAGAGAUUUAUUCUUUAGAUUUACUAUCAUUGUGUCUGAUUAUAUUUAACCGAUUAUGCUGUGAUAAUAUCUGCUUUUUACACUAAUAGGCCUACAGUAAGUAAUAGGGGCUGAUGGAAAUUAUAUUCUUCAUUCCUUUGUGUCAUGAAUGAUGAACGUUAUUGAAUGACAGUGAAUGAGAUUUUGACUUGAAAUAAAUGU